AAGCAGCCCCAGCUCUGCUUUCCUAGAGCUGCUGAGAACCCGGGAAAUGGUGUGGAGGUUCCGGGGAGCCCUGCCCCUACCUGGCAACCGCAGUGCAGCAGGCACCAAGUUCUCCUGCACAUUGCGACAGUGUGACCCUGGGCUCUGGCGGGCGGUAGGUGGGGCCUUUGGACCUACCAGCAGUGAGGGAGUUAACACAGCAGCUGACUCCUCUAGGCAAGGAAAACUCCCCUCAGACGCUUUGCUGCCUGGCCUCCUGCCAGCAACAAGCAGGAGCUGAAAACUAGAAGUUGAGGCGUGAGUUUGGCCACUCCGUAGUGUGCACUUGGUGAGGGCAGCAGCUCGCCACAGCCGCCAGCCGUCUGUCCAUUCACCCAUCUGUCCAUCUGGCAGCCCGCUGUUCAGACCCGUCUGUCUGUCCGCCCAUCUGUAAGCCCAUCUCUGUCCCAUUGUCUAUCUGACCAUCUUUCUCUUACUGUCCUCUUUGUCUAGCUAUCUGGCCUAUCUGUCGAUCCAUCUUUGUGUCUGUCUUCAGCCCCCACCUGUUUGUCCAUCUGUCCAAUUACCUGUGACUCUGUGCAUCUUCUUGUCCAUUCAUCUGCCCACCCAUCUGUCCCUCCGUCUGCCCACCAGCCGCCCCUCUCCUCCUGGGCUGCAGAGCCAUGGCCCGGGGCUACGGGGCCACGGUCGGCCUAGUCCUGCUGGGUCUGGGGCUGGCGCUGGCUGUCAUUGUGCUGGCUGUGGUCCUCUCUCGACACCAAGCCCCCUGUGGCCCCCAGGCCUUUGCCCACGCUGCUGUUGCCGCCGCCGACUCCAAGGUCUGCUCGGAUAUUGGACGGCUGGAGUGCAAUGGCAUGAUCGUGGCUCACAGCAGCCUCCACCUUCCAGGCUCGAGCAAUGCUCCCACCUCAGCCUCUCAAGCAGCUGGGACUGCAGCUGGACCCGCAGGCCCUGCAGGACAGAGACUGGCAGUCGCCAUGAAUGGGAUCGAAGUAAAGCUCUCGGUCAAGUUCAACAGCAGGGAGUUCAGCUUGAAGAGGAUGCCGUCCCAAAAACAGACAAGGAUCUUCAGAGUCAAGAUUGCUGUGGUCACCAAGAGAGAGAGGUCCAAGGUGCCCUACAUCGUGCGCCAGUGCGUGGAGGAGAUCGAGCGCCGAGGCAUGGAGGAGGUGGGCAUCUACCGCGUGUCCGGUGUGGCCACGGACAUCCAGGCACUGAAGGCAGCCUUCGACGUCAAUAACAAGGACGUGUCGGUGAUGAUGAGCGAGACGGACAUGAACGCCAUCGCAGGCACGCUGAAGCUGUACUUCCGUGAGCUGCCCGAGCCCCUCUUCACUGACGAGUUCUACCCCAACUUCGCAGAGGGCAUCGCUCUCUCAGACCCAGUUGCAAAGAAGAGCUGCAUGCUCAACCUGCUGUCGUCCCUGCCGGAGGCCAACCUGCUCACCUUCCUUUUCCUUCUAGACCACCUGGAAAGGGUGGCAGAGAAGGAGGUGGUCAAUAAGAUGUCCCUGCACAACCUCGCCACUGUCUUUGGCCCCACGCGGCUCUGGCCCUCCGAGAAGGAGAGCAAGCUCCCUGCCAACCCCAGCCAGCCCAUCACCAUGACUGACAGCAGGUCCUUGGAGGUCAUGUCCCAGAUCCAGAUACCUAAUAAGAUGCUGGAAUGUAAUCCCUGGACAAUCCGUGUCCUGGCAGCAUUUGGUCUUCCUCUAAGCGCCUGGCUCCGCUGUUCUCAGGAGUGGGUUCUGAAGUCUCUGGAGAACAGGAUCCGUGGAGGGUUAGGAAGGGGCCAGGCCUAGAGAUGGGAGACUCCCUCCCGGAGCAGGUGGAGGCACAGGACCAUUCGCUACCCUAUCUGCCGACACCUGCGGGGGAGCCCAGGCAUUCUUUGUAAGCCCUCCUGACCACCUGGCUCAAAGAAAACAGAAGCAUGGAGGCCGCCAAGUAUUUUCAAGAAAUAAUCCCUUGAACAUGGCAUCACUUUUUUAGAAAGAGGGGCUUGGGGCAGGCAGAGGAGAGAAGGGAGAGCAAACUGAGAGCCAAGUUUCCAGACGGUCCUGCAGGAGGAGAGGAUGCAGCUGCCCAGAGGGAAGCAGGAUCACAUUUAAGGAAGUGUGUGGGGUCCCUGGAUGACACCAGCACCCAGUGGGGCUCUGUCUGGCAACCGCUCCCAAGGUGGGAGGAGUGGGUGUCCCCUGUGUGUCAGUGGGCAGCUCCUGUUGAACCCGCAGCUCACUGGGGAGCCUGACAGUGGGGCCAUGCGCCUGACACUCCUCUCUGCUUGUGGACCUGGCAAGGCAGGGAGCAGAAAACAGAGCCACUUGAAGGCUUUCUGUCUGCGUCUGUGUGCAGUGUGGAUUUAGUUGUGCUUUUUUCUUGCUGGGAGAGCACAGCCACCAUUUACAAGCAGUGUCACCCUCAUGGGUGGCAAGGACAGAACAGGAGCCUCUGCUCUCUGUACCUAUCUGGGCCCGGUGGGCUCCCCUGUCCUGGCUUCCAUCUCUGUCUCAGCGACCAUUCAGCCCUGCACAGGAACACAUAUUGCUUAGAAAAGCCAAAUCCAGCCCUUGUCUCUGCCUCCUCUGGUCUCAUGAUGUGCAUCUAUUACCUUGAAACUGGAAACCAGUCUAUCAAUGUCUGUGCCAAUUUUUUAUUCCCUCCCCAACCUCCUUCCCCAUACGACUUUUUAUUUAUGUAAGAUGUGUGCUGUCUAAUGAUGGGAUGACCACACUUUUCCAUGUUCUAAAAGUGCUCCUCUCCCGCAGGGUCCCAGGGCUGGUGGUUGCUUUGGGUCUACAGCUACGUCUUACCCACCUCCUGCCUCAAAAGCCUGUGUGGUGGCAAAGCCGGUGUGGGGCUGGGGAACGCAGCGUUCUCCAGGAGGGGGACCCGGCUCUCCUUCUGCAAUGCAGGCAAAGGCCUAGAUGCCAGUGUGACCUCCCACAAGGCAUGGCUUCCAGACUCCCCGACCAGAAGUGAUGCUGUUUUGCCUCGGGCCCUGGGUUUGAAGCAGCUUGGCUUUCUCUUGGUAAGUGGCUGGUGUCUUAGCAGCUGCAAUCUGAGCUCAGCCACCUACCCACCACCGUGGCCGACACUUUCAUUAAAAAGUUUCCUGAG